AGUACCCCUGAAGGACUUAGUUGUUCGUCAUUUUUUCAAAACUUAUUUUGAGCCUGAGAGGGUUAGACUUUGCUCUCUGAGCCAACAUGUAGACAACAGGUUAUACUUUCUUUUACUUUUGACAAACCAGAUCCAGGUUCGGCAGUAAAGUCCUCAUGUACAGAUACCAGUUUGAGCCUGUUGAAUAAUUUGAGAUUAGAUUAGAUUAGAUUAGAUCAAUCUUAUCUUUUUCUCUCUUUUGAUUCCAACUCAUGCUCCUGUUAUGAAGCUUAACCCUGGCUGCAAACCAGCAGCCUCCCUCCUCCUCCUCCAGAGAUGCUGUCAGAUAGGAGCCUUUUUUACACGUGAUUACCCCGACAACACACACAUUUGCUGCUCCCGCUUGCAGACAAACAGCUGGAUGAGACAGAGAAGCGCUUCAGCAGCAGCACAUCUGGACUUUCCUCCACUUUGCUCCGUUUCAACCUCUGCUUGUCGUUCCGAUGGAUAUCUACGCCUCAGCUUUAUCUCCAGCUCUGGACAUCGGCGCCGGCUGCUACCUGCUGGUUCUAACUGUGCUCUCCAUCGCGGGAAACCUGCUGGUGCUCAUCAUGGCGUUCAAGAGAUCCUCGAGGAUGAAGCCACCAGAGCUGCUGAGCGUGAAUCUGGCGAUCACCGAUCUCGGAGCGGCUGUCACCAUGUACCCGCUGGCCAUCGCCUCUGCCUGGAGCCACCGCUGGCUUGGGGGACACAUUUCAUGCGUUUAUUAUGGCCUGGCAGGCUUCUUCUUUGGCAUCGCUAGCAUCAUGAACCUCACGGUGUUGGCCAUCGUGCGCUUCAUGGUGUCCUUUAAUCUGCACUCACCCAGGGAGAAAAUCAGUUGGAAGUUGGUGAAGAUACUGUGUGUUUGGACCUGGCUGUAUGCUCUGAUCUGGGCCCUGUUACCCAUUCUAGGCUGGGGCCGGUAUGGACCGGAGCCCUUCGGCCUGUCCUGCUCACUCGCUUGGGGGCAGAUGAAACAUGAGAGCUUCUCAUUCGUCAUCUCCUUGUUCUCCAUCAAUUUCCUCGUGCCUUGCCUAGUCAUCGUCUGCUGCUACUUCAGCAUUGCUUUGAAGCUUUACUUCGCCUACAAAACCUCAACAAACAGCAAUCACCUUCCAAACAUUGUCAAACUUCAUCGGAGGCUGUUAAUUAUUGCCAUUUUGAUCAGCGGGGGUUUCAUUGGCUGCUGGGCACCCUACGGUUUGGUGAGCCUGUGGUCCAUUUUGAACGACAGCAGUAAAAUUCCACCUCAAGUCAGUCUGCUGCCCUGCAUGUUUGCAAAAAGCUCCACCGUGUACAAUCCUAUGAUCUACUACUUCUUCAGCCAGAGCUUCAAACAGGAGGUAAAGCAACUAAGAUGGAUAUGCCUUGGAUCCAAUCCAUGCCAUGCCAGCAGCUACAACGACAACAACAUAUACAUGGUCAGCGCUAACGUCAAGAGUAACCAGGCUCUACGGGAAACUGUGCAGGAGACCACAGAGCUGAAACAGACUUCGGGUUAAACGGACCUCAGAAAUAAGCCGUCUUCUGGUUUGAGGUCUGAAAAGGGAGGUGACCAGACAACAGUCGUAACUAGCCAGGUGUUGGCGAACCCCUUUACAUCGUCGUACCUAGAACAGAAGUGUACUCAGCUUUGAGGAAAAGAAAGAACGAAAUAUAAAGAGGUUUCAGAUUUGUUUUUAUAAAAUUACACAGCCACGGCUGAGAAGUGGCAGCCAAGUGGCUUCAGAUGAUGGAUGGUGACAACUAAAAACCAAAGGUUGUGCAAAGACUUUGAAAACCUUUUACUUGAUAUGGAUGAAAAUAAUGCCCUUUUCAUGUUGUGUGUCUGCAGUAAUUGCUUCAAUUUGUUUCAUCUGUUCAUACCACGGCUGAGCUAUCCUCGGAGGAUCAGCGAUUUAUGUCAAGACACAAGAGUGUAAAGAUAUUUAGCUGCCAUUGUUGACUGACUCAGUCUUGUGUGUGUUCAAGCAUUAUUAUGGGGCACCAAUAAAAAGAUUUUAAAAAUAUAUUGUUAAAAAAUAUGUUUUAAUCACAAUUUAAUUGCUUUGGUAAAUGAACAUUGCAUUUUGUUAUUUUAUAAUGAAGCUGUUGAGAUGUGUAAUGCUUCCUUGUGCAUAGAGAACAAUAUCACCAUAACAAAACGGACAAAGAGGAGUGCACUUCAAGGGCGUUGAAUAUAAGAUCAUAAAAACUUUGUAGCCACAUCUGUUUAUUAUCAGUAAUCUUGGUGGUGUUGUAAAAAAAAUCCAUGUAGAAAUUUUAGGUACCACAACUGAAUCGGUUGUGGCCUU